UUGAGUAAAGUUCAUUGUGUUUUUCGUCGCCAUUCGUGUAAGAUCAGAAACCUCACAAAAUUACUGUCAACAACAUAGUAUUUCUAUAAAAUUUUCUAUAUAAAUUAUUCCGAGUAAACGAUGCAGCGACGAAAUAAAUUACGCAAUUGUUUGAUCAAUAUAACGCCCUGCGUGCAGCAAAUGUGUUCCUAUACCACCAGACGACAUUUACUGGCUACGCAGGCCGCGUCCGCCCACAAAUAUCCGGAGUCUGAAAUCCCCAAAAGGAAGGUGGUGGAGACGACUGGCGGGUGGGGGCGUGGUCUACUGGCGGGUGCCCGCCUUCCAACAGCCGUAAGUCUGGUCAGUCGAAAUGUGUCGGAUACCGCGAGGAACGAGGUGAAAACCGCAUUCAUUCGGUAUGGGAAGUCUAUGACCGAUUUGGCCAGGAGUGCCCGAAAGCUAUAUAAGAGUGCUCGGUUGAGGAACGCUCCUUUACAGCAGUCCAUGCCCGGAAGAAACAAUGCCCAUGGUGCAUGGCCCCUAAAAGUGCCGGAGCCCCGUGCUUGUGCGAUAACCGAGCGGCUUACCAAGUUGUUUUUCCGAGACCCCUGGAAUUAUCCCCCUGAAAAAUAGGGGGCAGCAGAAGAAACAUGGCUUUCUAAUUGUAUAUUUUAGAUCUCUUUGAAGCGGUGAUUUUAAGGCAAGGAAAAGCGUGGUAUUUUACUUAAAAGUCGCUAUAUUGUUUUAUCCAAAUAUAUAUUUUCUAAAAAUUGUAUAAAAUGCUAAGAUAUUAAAUUUGGUUCGUUUUUCCGAAACGUAAGUAGGCAACUAAGACUACAAUGUCGAUUCAGGAUCUGUAGGGAUUUUAUCCAAUUUCCUGGGUAUUUUCUAAUCGCCUCAUCGGGACGAUGGACUGCAAUGUCACAUGAAUAUCCUUCGCACCGUUUAGUGGUAUCUUAUUUUGCGCAGAGC